UACAAAAUUCAAUUAGACAAAAUUUCAAACUUUCAUGUUCACUCCAUUGUCCUUCUCAUUAAAAAUUACUCCCAUUCUUCUAAGCAAAGUAGUGAUUCUUCUCUACUCCAAACAAGUUUCCUUGUCUCAAUUUUGCUUCUUUUACAACCCUUUUCAAGAUUCUAUCAUUUUCUUCCUUUAAAAAUUAUGAUAUCUAUGGAGGUGCUUUAGAAAAGGAACAGUUUUGAAAUGGCAGGUGAUAUUGAAGAACCAUUUAGGCUUAGUUUCCAGGCAGAUUCGUGGCAAUCUGGAUCUAUCUCAUUCGGUAGAUUUGAGAAUGAAGCUUUAUGUUGGGAGAGGAGGUCUUCUUUCACACACAACAAGUAUCUUGAAGAGGUUGAGAAAUGCUCCAAGCCAGGUUCUGUAACUGAGAAAAAGGCAUAUUUUGAGGAGCGUUUUAGAAGGAGGGCACUUCUAAGCCAGAGUUCAUCCGACUGCCAGAAUGGGGCUGAUUCUCAAGCUAGUUAUGAUGGACCUGAGAAUACAGAUUAUGAGGGAGACUUUGAGCAUGUUAAUGAGAUUGGCCAUUCUACACGCUUUGUUGAAAAUCAUGACAGAGCAGCCACUUUAUUGGAGAAUGGAGAGUAUCAAGCUAGUAAAAAUGAAGGCUAUGCGGAGCACUUGGAGCAUGUUAAUGAAGUUGUCCAUUCUGCACGUUUUGAUGAAAAUCAUGGUAGAUCAACCCGCUUAUCGAAGAAUGGAAAGUAUCAAUCCGAGAACACAGGCUAUGGUGGAGAUUUCGAGCGAGUGAAUGAGGUUGGUGAUUCUGCACGCUUUGAGGAGAGUUUUGAUGGAUCAAACAACGGAGACAUCGAAGUCACAGAAUGUGGCAGAGAAGGAUCAAGCAAUGGAGACAUCGAAGUCACAAAAUGUGGCAGAGAAGGAUCAAGCAACGGAGACAUUGAAGGCACAGAAUGUGGCAGCGAAGAUAAUAUAAUUUCCCAUUCUGGACGUCUGACUGAACAAUAUACCUGUAGUUCAGAUGUCCUUCAAAGUGUUCUUAAACAUCUGGAAGCUGAAGCAAAAUUUAAUCUCAAUGCUGGAAAUGCAGCUUUUAAUGAUCCUAAACCUACAAUUGAAGUGAAAGAGAAAUUAGUGGGCCAAGAUAGUAGUAUCGAGUUCUCAUCAAACUCUGUUGAUCUAUCCUCUAAUGCUCACACCACUGAGAAAGAUGGCACUGUUAGUUCAAAACCUCGGCGAAGUUCAUCUUCGAAGGUGAGGACUGCAUCUCAAUCUAGAGAUACGAAAUCCAGAAUGUUGUCCCAAGUUAAUGUUGCUAGUGUCAAGGGGACAAUCUCAAAUCAAGCAUACAAAGACAUGCCAAGAAAACCAAAUAGAAGGCACAGUGAUGUUUCUUUGACACAAAAAAGAGAAAAGCCCAGAUUGAACGCUUCUGGCACUCUUUUGCGUCCAACUGCCCGAAUGCCAAAACCAGAGGUUUCUUCGGGUUCAAAAUCUAAUGUACUUAAUCAACAUAAAAGCACUGAACAACAGGCAAUAUCAAGAAAGGUUGUCGCUUCUCGUUCUUCCUGUACAAAGAAAGUUAGCCAUAGAUUAUAUCAAAGUGUAAGCAGGGAUAAGGAGAGUGUGAAUUCAUUUCAACCAGGUGUGAAACAGAAUGGAUCUAGUUUCCAUUUCAAAAGUGAAGAGCGGGCCAUGAAAAGGAAAGAGUUCUUUAUGAAGCUAGAGGAGAAAGUGCAUGCCAAAGAGGAAGAAAUGCAUCAGCUCCAAGCACGAACCCAGGAAAAGAAAGAAGCAGAGAUCAAACAGCUACGGAGAAAUCUCAAUUUCAAAGCAACUCCCAUGCCUUCCUUCUACCGUGAACCUGGUCGCCGCGCAGAAAAAGACAAGGAGUCAGCAAGUAAAACUAAAUCAAGCAAAUUGCAAAGCAGGCCUUCGACUGCAGGAGCUAGAGCUACUAGUGCAACAGACAACACUGUUCGUCGUUCAAGGGCAGAAGUUUAUAACAGAUGUUCCACUAAUGAACGUCUAAAUGUGUCCGACUCACCACAGGUUUCAGAAGCAACCGUUCAUCCUUCAGCAGAGUUAUCAGACAGCAGCGUGCCGCCUUCAGCUCCAACAAGCAAAACGUCCAAACAAACCCAAUCAAAUAGAACAGUAGCUCCAAAGAGAGAUCAAGAGAAAAGGCAGGUCACGAAUUCUCCAAGACCAAGGACAUCAGAUUCUAUCAGGAGGAGCAAGGACUUCAAAUCUGAAGACAAAACAAAGGUUGUUGCGCGAAGAACAGGAAACCAUGCAUUGAGAAAGGAUGUUAGAAGUGUGGAUUUGAGCCAUAGUACACGAGUGGGUCGUUUAGCCGUUGGUGUUGCUUACUAGACGUAUCAGCUUCAACGCCUUCUAAGACACGUCAUGUCAUUUAGUUGUUACUGUUGGUUUGAAUCUUCUUAUAUUCUCAGCAUAGCAACGAUGAUUGGUCUCGUAUUUGAGACGAUAAACUUAGUGAGUAGAUAAUGUUAGAUAUGCUGUUAGCAUUUCUGUUAGAUAUGCUGCAUAUAAUUCUGCCUAGUUUCGGAUAUAGAUAAUGUCUUUAAGCCCAGUUAUUGAAAUACCAUAAAUGCAUGGUGUGCUAUUAAAGAUCAACAUACUUGAUGAGUAAAAUGUUAAAGUUGCUGUUCAAUUAGUAGUCAAUAUUUUGCACCA